AGAGAGAGAGAGAGAGAGAGAGAGAGAGAGAGAGAGAGAAUUAGGCAGACUUUACCCUCCAGGAAGCACUUGCCUCAAAGUGUCAGAUGUACCAGUGAAAGAAGGUGCUGCCCAGGAGUAUGCUCAAGCUGUUUGUGCACCUGAAGAGACUAAGGUGACGGCUUCUCCUGGAGAAGGAGGCUCCGGAGUCUGGAGGAAGCAGCUGGAGUAUCUGUUGACAUCCUUAAAGCCUUAUUGCCCAGUUAGAACUUUGAAGCAGCGGUAAAGGCUGGGAAGGGAAAGAGCAAGUGAAAGAAAAGGAGGAGGGGCGGGCUCAGACCCAGCCAGUGCGCAAGCCCUUUUGCCUAGCCGGAGGUCUCCAGGAGCCCCAUGGCCAACUAUGAAUUUAGCCAGGUGUCUGGGCACAGACCCUGCUGCCGCCUCUCUAGGACAGCCCAGAUCUGUCUCGGAGUGAGUCUCGUGAUCCUGAUCGCCUCUGUAGUGAUCAUGGGCAUACUUCUGUGGCCGCGUGCACCCCUGGUGUGGAAAGGGAAGCCUACCACGAAGCACUUUCCUGAGAUCUUCCUGGGACGGUGUUUCAUGUACACUCAAUUUCUGCGGCCUGAGAUGAGUGAUCAGGACUGCAAGAAGAUAUUGAGUACAUUCAAAGGAGCAUUUGUUUCCAAGAAUCCAUGCAAGAUCACAAGAGAAGAUUACGAACCACUGGUUAAGUUGGUCACUCAAACCAUACCAUGUAACAAGACUCUCUUUUGGAGCAAAUCCAAACAUCUGGCCCACCAGUAUACCAGGGUCGAGGGAAAGAUGUUCACCCUGGAGGACAUGCUGCUGGGCUACAUUGCUGAUGAUCUCCGGUGGUGUGGAGACCCCAGCACUUCUGACAUGAACUAUGACUCUUGCCCACAUUGGAGUGAAAACUGCCCCAACAACCCUGUUUCAGUGUUCUGGAAAGUGGUUUCGCAAAAGUUUGCAGAAGCUGCCUGUGGUGUUGUCCAAGUGAUGCUCAACGGGUCCCUCACUGAACCAUUUUACAAAAACAGCACCUUUGGAAGUGUAGAAGUCUUUAAUUUGGACCCAAAAAAGGUGCAUAAACUACAGGCCUGGGUGAUGCAUGACAUCGAAGCAGAUUCCAGUAACUCAUGCUCAGGCUCCUCUAUAAAUGAUCUGAAGUUGAUUGUGCACCAAAGGAAUAUCACUUUUGCCUGCCAGGAUAACUACAGGCCUGUCAGGUUUCUUCAGUGUGUGAAGAAUCCGGAGCAUCCACUGUGUAGUUCUAAUAUCUGAAUAAAUUUGGAUCUUAAGACACUUCCGUAGCAUGCAUCAAGAUGAAAGACUCAGAAACCACACUGAUGCAAAGCUGAAGUUGUCAGGAAGAGGUCUCUACUACAAUGUCAACACCAGAGAUAGAAGAACUUUCCAACCAAUGAUAGCAACAUUACAUGAUCAGCUUAGUUUGUACUGCAUACCACUACUACUCAAGAAAAAAUUACUCCACCGAAGCAGAGUGCAAAUUUACAUCGUUAUUUCAUUUUAACUUUCUCAUGUGGUGCUUUUAUAUUGCUUAUAUAUUACUAACUUCUCUUUUUUUCUCUUACUGAAACUGAGAAUCAAAUCUGAGAACUUUUACACAUGGUAGAGAAGCCUGUACACCAUUGAACUACAUCCUCAGCACAGCUGGUAACAUUAUUUUUAUUGAAAAAUGCCGGUCAAACCUCACCUGUUAGAAUGGACAAAGGAAAUGAAAUGACAAGCUUCAAAAUGAAUGAUCUUAUUUUCUGAUGAUUUUGCAUUUUCCCUACAAAUAUUCAAAUAGUAAACCUGAGAUCAGGGGUCAUUAUGGUGAAGAGAGUCUGUGGGAACUUGAACUUGCUUGGUGCUUCAACCUGUCACCCUUCCAACAUGUCCCUAGUAACUUUGGCUAUUGUUUUCAUUUUUUUUUUUUUUUAAAUAUGAGACAAUCGAGCUUCCAGAGAGGUUAUACAUUUUCCUAAAGUCAUAUUCUUAGGAUCAUGGUUAGAGCUGGUAUCAUGGUUAGGGCUGGAGUUGACUCAAUUCUGUCCAAGUCCACAGCAUAUAUUUUUUUUCUUUUCUAGGCCUUUACUGUCAAAUUGAUAGGAGUCCGUGUUAUUGUCCAGCAAAUGUUGUAUUAAAUUGAAUGCAAAGAA